GUACCUUACCACCACCAAUUCACCACACUCUCAUACCGUGACUUGGGACUUAGUCUUCUGCACAUACAAAACAUAGUAAUAAAUCCAUUCAGCACUGGCUCGAUAAUAUUUUAUUACUGUACUGUUUUUCCAACAACUUCAUUCCGAAAAAAUUACAAAUUGUUAAUUGUAUUUAUCAACUUGCCACAACCUGUAACCCCCUUGUAACUUGAUUUGAUAUUAUAUCCGCCAAUACAAGAAUAUCAAGUAGUGACAAAUUCAGCAAUCAUGCAAAACAACACUCCCAGUUCAUCUCGGCCACUAGCCGCGCGGGUACCGGGCCAGCUCCACACACCUACACAUUCCUUCAGCGAUGCUGCCUUCACUCCUGAUUCCAUCGAUGGCCGAACUGUUGCCUGGAACAAGAAUUCUAAAGAGGAUCUUAGCUCGUUGCAAGCAAAGCUAACCGAUCAGAAGUUCAACAUUAGGGACUAUGAGGAUCCUCUUCUACCACGCCAGCAUCCACCUUCCCACUACUACCCCAAUGGUGUUACGGCAGAAACAGAGGCUCGUCUACUGAAAGUCAUUGCCAAGGUUAAGGGUCCUUCAAAAUAGACCCGUGUCGUAGGUUGGGAAGUAUGCGUGGAUCUUAUCCAUGAUGAGGUACUAGGGAAGUCUAGACUGGGAACAGCUCAUGUCAGCACCAGUAAGAAUAUGUGCAUUCGACGUGCUACUUUAUUCCCAUAUUCAGAAUAGGCCAAGCAUAGGCAGUUGACUCAGAGAUAUGAUGAAAGGGAAAUGAGAAACGUUGUUUUUCGAGACUUCCAAGUUUGCCAUGUGGUAAUCUUUCUUUCUACAAGACAUGUGUUCCUUAACAUUGGCAAUGAAGAGAAUAUCAAGAAUAUCGAGUUAAAUGCUCAUAACAUCUUUGCUUAAAGUCGAAGGGUUAACAACAUAAUGAAAACAGCAUUUACUCCAAUAUCACUAACUGUAUAGCU